AUGUCGACCGUCCCUCAAGAGUACAACUCCGUAAAGGAAGGUACCAAUGGUACCAGCUCGCACGACCACGCGAACGGCGCGCAGAUGCGCAAGCCAUAUGACUAUGGCGGCAACCCGCUCGCGCAUAUCAACACUGGAGACUCCGUCCGUCUCGCUGCCUUUGGUGGUGAGCUUCAGCCAGGUCUCUACAAGUCUACCGAGAAGCGCAAGUUCGCCAACCCAGCUCCUCUUGGGCUUUGCGGUUUCGCAUUGACAACUUUCUUGCUCUCCGCCAUCAAUCUGGGAACCAAGGGUCUUUCCGAGCCAAACAUUGUCAUCGGUGCUGCUUUCGCGUAUGGUGGUCUUGUUCAGCUUCUCGCAGGAAUGUGGGAAAUGGCUGUUGGUAACACUUUCGGUGCUACUGCUCUUUCGUCUUACGGUGGAUUCUGGAUCGGUACUGCAAUCAUUCUCACUCCAGGUGGUUUCGAGAUCAUAUCCACGCUCGAAGCGGACUCUCCUGCGCCGUUCCUGAACUCGUUCUCGCUCUACCUCUUUGGAUGGUUCAUCUUCACGACUCUCCUCACCAUCCUCACGCUGAAGUCGACCGUCGCGUUCUUCUUCCUAUUCUUCACCCUGGACAUGGCGUUCCUCUUCCUUGGUCUCGCCUACCUGUACUUCACUACCGAGACUGUCGAUGGCAUGACCACUGGUGCCCCACACACUGCAUUGCUACGCGCAGGAGGUGCCUUUGGAAUCAUUGCCGCUUUCGCCGCUUGGUACAACGCCUUCGCUGGUAUGGCCGACUCUAGUAACUCGUUCUUCGUCGUCCCAGGACGUGAGAAGCGUGGCAAGGUUGACAACAGCCAGGCUCGCCUUGACGCCGAGAACUCUGUUUAG